AUGACAGCGUCGAAGAUCCUGUCGCACUUCUUUCUCGAGGGAUUGAAGCCCUUGGUGGCCAAGAUCUUGUCGUACUAUGGCGAAACGAUUCUUCGCGCCAGGACCCUGAUGAUGGGAAUCUCUCUCACUGGAGUGGAUAAUGCAGCUGUCACUGCUGGCCGACAAAACGUGACAUUUUCCUUUGAUGGGAACAACGUCCGGCAACGCAUCGAUAAGGUCGCCGCUCUUGGCCCUGGAUGGACAUUUGGGAGAGCCAAUCUCAGUCCUAUGGACUUCUCAUUGAUCGUUAACGGCGGUGAGACUGGUUUUGCCGCUGUUGUUAGGGGAAGCUACGACCUUUACAAUCCUACUGGAGAUCCCCAGGGAUACCUAGACGGUCUUCUUGCAUCGUAUUUGAUCAGCGAGGCAUAUAAGUGGCAACCGUUACUUCUCUCGACGAUUCUGUCUAACAAUAAGUUUACCUAUCGCUCAGGGGCCUCGGAAGCCGGUGUUGAGCUCCACGGUGAUCACCCCUUUUUUGGUGCCUCGACACACGAUCUCCUUGUUUACGACUACACGGAGGUUGAUGGCGUUCAGGCCCCGCAGCGAUUCAAGACGAUCUACAACGGAAAGCAUCUCAUUGCGGAUUAUCGUGCUGAUCAGAUUCUGGUUAAUCCUGCCAUCUCUGAAGACUUAUUCACGUUACCAGGGAACGCGACGAUCCCUCAGGCUAGUGUGCCCGUGCGGGACGCACAAUAUGACUUUUCUGAGAUUGGCGAGACAUCCGCCAACUUCCUUUGGCCGGGAGCAUACACAGGAACUCCUGAGAUCAUCGAGUCGGCAGCUUCCAGGCCUUUUAAUGAUCUGCCCGGCUUAUGGGUGAUCAGUCCCGAAGGGGCCUUGGCCAUGCGACAAGCCGUAGUGGAGCUUGAAGACGGAUCUGUCAUCGUGCUGGAUGCUCCUCCUCACCAAAGCAAGCUCGUCAUUGAAUGGGCUCAAGCUCGCCUCGGGAAGAACAUCACUCACGUUUGGCCCACCCAUCAUCAUCAUGAUCACGCCUUUGGUGUUGUGGACUACGUCGCCAGUGGCGCAAAGCUCAUCGUACCUGACCAUGCAGCCAGCUACUACACCACUGUGCCCCAAGACCAGAUCGUAACCUACAGCCGAAGCGGCUCUCUCGUUCUGAAGGACAGCCGAAUACAGUUGGCCCUCGUCGAUAUGGAUGCGACUGUACAUGCUGAAGAUCACGGCUACGCUCUCGUCCUUCCGGCGUGUCCUACCAGCGACAGUAAUACGGCUGUCUUUGACGCAGACCAUGGAAACUUGGCCUUCCUGGAGACUUUUGAUCAUGCAGCAGUACACGAGCUGUUGGCAUCUCUGGCUAGCGAUGGCGUCGCCACUAAUGCUCAGUAA